CACAUGAAACUGAGAAACCAAACUGAGUUUUCAGAAUUCCUUCUCCUGGGAUUCUCAGAGGACCCAGCACUGCAGCCUAUUCUAUUUGGGUUGUUCCUCUCCAUGUAUGUGAUCUGUGUCAGUGGGAACCUACUCAUCAUCCUGGCCAUCCUCUCAGAAACCCACCUCCACACGCCCAUGUACUUCUUCCUCGCCAACCUUACCUUCUCUGACAUCUGCUUCAUUACCACGACUAUCCCCAAGAUGCUGGUGAACAUCCAGACACAUAGCCAAGCCAUCACGUAUGCAGGCUGCCUCACACAGAUGUUCUUCUUCAUAAUCUUUGCAGAAUUAGAUAACUUUCUUCUAGCUGUGAUGGCCUAUGACCGGCUUGUGGCCAUCUGUCACCCGCUGCACUACAUGGUCAUCAUGAAUCCCCAACUCUGUGUGCAACUCGUUCUAUUGUGCUGGAUCAUCAGUUUCCUGCUUGCACUGCUACACAGUUUAUUGGUGCUGAGACUGAGUUUCUGCACACACAUGGAAAUCCAACACUUUUUCUGUGAGUUGAAUCAGGUGGUCCACAGAGCCUGUUCUGACACCUUUCUCAAUGACCUCAUGGUAUACUUUUCAGCUGUGCUACUGGCAGUAGGUCCCCUGGCUGGCAUCCUGUACUCCUACUCCAAAAUCACCUCCUCCAUCCGUGCCAUCUCAUCAGCUCAGGGCAAGUAUAAAGCCUUUUCCACCUGUGCGUCUCACCUUUCUGCUGUCUCCCUGUUUUAUGGCACAAGCUUAGGUGUGUACCUCAGUGCCAGUGCUGCCCCAAGUUCAGCCUCAACUGCAGCAGCCUCGGUGAUGUACACCGUGGUCACUCCCAUGCUCAACCCCUUCAUCUACAGCCUGAGGAACACAGACAUGAAGAGGGCUAUGAAAAGGCUGUUGUUCCCUAAAUGA